AUGCAACAACGACAACAACAACAACAAUUUGCAUCCUCUUUUGCACCUAGAACUCCCACUAGAACCCGAUCAUCCAUUCUUACUCCAAUUUCACCAAACAAACUUCUGUCAUUAUCACCUACCAAGGAAAGAAAGAUUAGUGAAUCAACAGGAUUAGUCAAGUUUUCAUUGUCGCCAAAAAAAUCAACCACUGAAUCUCCUAAUACCAAACGUAAGUCUACCACCUUAACAAAACCCGGUUUAUCAAUUGAAGUACCAAUCUCUUCCCCACCGCCAAAACAACAAAAUCCACCAACAUCGCUCAAACAUUUACAGAUCGAACAACAAAAAUUACUAGAGAAAUAUUCCUCUUGCCAGGUCCAAUUACAUGAACAUGAAAGACAGGCAGAGAUGAAAAAAAUGGAAUUAUUGGAAAUAUCGAAGAAAAUAGAAGAAAGUAAACGUCAAGAAGCUAUACUUAAUGGCUCUCAAGAUAUUUAUACGCAAGCAUAUUUACAAACUGAAAAAGAAUUGAAUCAAUUGAAUAUUAGAUUAUCGCCACCUAGAAAAACCAUAAAUCAAAGUCCAUUGAAAAAGCAAGCUUCAUUUUUAAUGAAUCAAGCUAUUGAUGAAUGCACAAAUGUGAAAAAGAAGGCAUCAAUAAUAUUUAAUAAUAAUCGUGAAACAGUUUCUCCAUUGAAAAAACAAGCUUCAUUUAUUGUUAAUCAAGCUUUAGAUGAAUGUAAUAAUGUCAAACAAAGAGCAUCUAUAAUAUUCAAUAAUCAAAAUGAAGAAUUACAAACUUUUAUUAAAUCGUCGAAUGAAAAAUUUGAUGUUUUAGCAAAGCAAACAAAUAAAUUUUUCAAUAAUAAUUUCAAAAUUUUUGAAAAAAAUGAUCCAGAACCAAAUAUUGGUGAUAGUUCAUUUAAUAUUGAAAAUCUCCAAGAAGUGAUAUAUGAAAGAUCUUUUGAGGUUGAUAUAGAUGAUUAUGAUUCAUCUUUUGAGUAA